AUGGAUCGCUCGCAACUACUUCGCCUCCGCGAGAGGAUGCAACAUCUCGUAAAAUCAGUUUGGCUCAAGGACUGGAGAUCAUCAACCCUCUUCACAACCAUACUCAGUCUCGCACUCCUGGGCUCACUACGCAGAGUAUUAUCUCUCACCAUUAAACGCGGCGCUUCAGAACCAGGCCUCUUCAAGAAGAACUCAACCUUCUCCCCCUUCACCACAGUCUCCGGCCACCACUACCCUCGCAUCCGCCUCUUCUACAGCCCCCAUGCCCAAGCGGCAAAACUGCCCAAGGACUUACCACUUCUCGUCUUUAUCCACGGCUUGGGAGGGAAUGCCACUCAAUUCGCUCCCUUACUCACGAGUCUAGUGAACGUCGCACCCUGUCUCGCCAUCGACCUACCGGGCUGCGGACAAUCGGAUUUCAAACCAGAUGAUGCUGCUGCGUAUACUACUUCUGCGUUCGCUGAGCUGGUCUGUGCCGCUAUCGAGAAGUUUAGGGAUGCGGAGAGUAAUCAGCAAGUCAUACUCAUCGGACAUAGCAUGGGUUGUUCGAUCGCUGCUCUCCUCGCCUCUUCCACUUCGCCACUGAGGGAGAGGCUGAAGUGCGAGUAUGUGAUUGGUCUGAUCGCCUUGAACCCUCGAGCCGGUCCCUUCAUAGCCAAGGAGGCACGAGCAGUGAGUCGACUGAAACACCUUCCUGUCGCGGCAUUCGAUCUUAUUCGGAUGUGGGAUCGACUGGGUGGGGUGGACAGUUCUAGUAUUACGCGUAUGGUUGGGGAGGGUGCGGAUGCGGAGACCAGGAAAUUGCAGCAGAGUUUCAAUGAGCAGAGUCGGUCUCCGGUGGUUUUGCGGUUUGUCGCUGGUAUGCUGCCUGGAGCGGCGGGAUCCGAGGUCGGAUUGCCCGGAGAGAAGGUUUGGAGUGGGAUCAAGGUGCCGUUGUUUUUGGUGGCGGGUGAGGCGGAUAAGGUCACUUCGCCGAAGGAGGUGGAGAAGAUUGCUGGGUGGUUGACGAGGGAUGUUGAAAAGAAGAAUGGCAGGAGUGAUGAUGCAGAAACGCAUGCUGAUCGGCAGCGGUAUAACGACGAAGAAGAGGUUGCGCCUGAUGCCGAACCACUCAAUUCAACAGAGACAGCCGCGCCAAUCCCCACAACAGCAGGCGACCUCCAAGUAGCCCAACACCACCUCUCAAGCAGCCUACACACCCCCUCAGACAGCCCCAUGGACCCUCCAAAGAUCGACGGCGUCCCAAUCAAGGACAAACAACAACAUACCCACCACGCCUUCGCCCUAAAAACCACCAUCUUCCCCACCCCGGCAGCCCACGCCAUCAUGUACACAACCUCCACCCUCCGGCCCCUCUGCGGCUUCCUCCAAACCUUCCUCUCCUCCCACAUAGACGAGCGCCUAAGUUUAGGCUGGCAACUCCAACACCUCGCCACAAGCGGAAAAUGGGACGUCAAGAACCUCUCCAAAUGGUCCUCCAUCGCCCCCUGCUCUGCCCCGAUCGGGAAACCAAUCCCAGUCUUCCGAGCGAUGAAGACGAUGAGAGAAGUGGACGAAGUGCAUAAUCCGCGGGAAUUCGUGAAGAAGUUUGGAGCGGGGGUGCUGGCGGAUGGGGUGGCGAUGGUGGUGGAUAUUUCGCAUGAAUCACCCGUUUAUGAUCCAAAGGGUUUGGAGGAGGGAGGGGUGGAAUACCAUAAAUUUCCUCCCGUGUCGAAACUCCCUCCCACCGCAGACGAGGUGGAACAUUUCAUCGCUCUCAUCAACCAUCUACGGGAAGCGCCAAAACUCCAACCACGACACCAUCCACAACCCGGAGUCAUUCGCGAGCAGCCCGGUGAAGAAGAUGUGCGACCGGUCGUUGGUAUUCACUGUCACUACGGGUUCAACCGAACUGGCUUCUUGAUCAUCUGUUAUCUCAUCGAGCGACUCGGCUAUCGACUUCUUGAUGCUCUGGCCGAAUUUGCGGAGAAGAGGGCUCCCGGGAUCAAGCAUGAACAUUUUGUUAAUGAGCUUUUUGUGAGGUAUGCGGAUGAAGUGGGGAGGAUGGAGAGGAGGGGCACGGUUGUUGGAUGA